AUGAAAGCAGCAGUGCGGGUCUGCGCUCCUUCACCCUGGGCCUCGCUGCCCCUAGCCCUGAGCCAGGCAUCAGUUCGCCGCCCAUCCGGGUCUCGGGGCGCGACUCGAAGCCCCUCACCACGACCUCAAGCCGCCAUCCGAGAGCGUGUGCCGCAACAACACUCGUUCUGGCGUUGGCUGUUCAAGGAAAUGGACUAUGAAACCGAAGGCAGCUCCUCAACCCCCGACAAUUUGACCCCCUCGCCCAAUCUACCUAGUUUUGUCUUGAUCAGUUUUCUCGUGGAACAGUUGUGCUUCUUUGGCGUUUGGUUUUGUUUCGACUCUCUUCUACAUGCCUGCAUCGUCCUGCCAUGCCAGUUGGCGCGCCGCAUCUUUUCUGGUCACUUUGCCCGACGUGACAUCUUUCCUUUGGUGCAGUUUCUGCUGUUGAUCACCGGUUGCUGGCUCCUGACCAAGGCGGACCUGAGUUACAUCUAUCACAACAUCAAAACCCAGAGUACAGUCAAGCUUUAUGUUAUUGUCAACAUGUUUGAGGUUUUGGACCGCUUGGCCACUGCCAUGGGCAUGGACAUUAUGCUAUCGCUCAGUGGAGCGCUGGAAAGCACCUUUUCAGCCAGCAACGUGCGCAACAUUCUCCUGCUGGCCGCAGGUGUCUUCAUCUACCUCUUUGUGCAUAUUUUUGUCAUUCUGUACCAAGUCAUUGCGCUUUCAGUGGCCAUCAACGCGCACGAUGCUUCGUUGCUUGCCAUCCUGCUCUCCAACCAGUUCAUCGAGAUCAAGGGCGCCGUCUUCAAGCGGGUCGAUGCCACUGGUCACUUUCAGUUCAUUUGCUAUGAUCUGCGAGAACGCUUUCUGCUGAUUAUGAUUCUCGUCAUGAUUGCCACCCGCAAUCUGGCCGAGGUAAACUGGAACGUGCACCAUUUAACCGACUGGCUCAUAUAUAAAAUUGUGUUUGUCAUGUCCUCGGAGAUGGUGGUGGAUACAAUCAAGCAUACCUUCUUGAUGCGGUUCAACGACAUGCCCACCAGUGUCUUUCAUGACUUUGAGGCACAGCUCUGCCGCGACCUUGUCGAGGGGCAAGAGUUGAGCGCCCCUCUGCGCUCUCGGAAACUGGAGUAUCGUCUGGGUUUCACUCCCCUGCCCAUCGCCUGUCUGCUUUGGAAGUACCUCUCUGUUGUGUUACCGGACUUGCCCUGGCACUACUGGCUGAUUAUUCUACCGCCAGUCUUGGGCAUUGCUCUCGUGAUCAAGGUCAUCAACCGGUCCUUGCUCCAUCGCUAUGCGGCAUGGCGCCUGGAAUCCCUUCAAGAAAAGCAAAUGGACGCCCAGCCGCCUCAGAAUCGGCGUCACCACCUCGAGGGCAAUGUUUACGGCCCAUACGACCGCUACCGUCACACCUAGAUGCAACAAACGACCCUCUCUGCCUUCAAAUGCAAAGCUGGUCGGCCCCCGAGAUCAGCACCUGAAAGAACCUGACAGAAACAGACAACCUCGAAUUUAUCUAAGAAAAAAU